CAUCUGAGGAACGAUGCGAUUGCUGUAUUCGCAACGCUGAUAACGCAUAAGCAGAUCAGUGCCGAUGAAGUGUUCAUUGUGCAUCUUCGUGAGCUGAUCACCUCGUUACCACCGCUGUUGGAAAAAAUUGGUUGCCCAUCACGAAAUGAUUCAGUGACUUGUCGCUUCUCGCAGCAUGACUACGAUGAUGAUGUUGCCUUCUCACACGAUUUUCUCCGUGCGUUUUGUUUUCUGUUAUUACAAAAGUAUGUCAUGGACGAAUGCGGAGUAGUGACGUUGGAAGGUUUCAAAAAGAUCAUCGUUAUUAGUGUACAGGUGCACAGACAUGUCGAGCAUUUUUCUGUUAUAUUUCUAGUUAUCCGUUAUAUCAUGAGUAGUCCCGGGCACAGAUACUGUUCGUGA